AUGGUGCUGGUCAGUGUUGGAGUUGUCAUUUCCUCCUAUGGUGAAAUUCAAUUUAAUGUGCUGGGUACAGUUUAUCAGGUUACAGGAAUAAUUGCCGAAGCUUUGAGGCUGGGUAACCCUAGACUAAGGUAUAGCUGCCAGUUCUCUCUAACACUCACUUUGACUCAUGAAGGAAUGGGGCUUUGGUUGGUCUUAAUGAAACCUAGUAAUAUUAAGGUCCGAGAUGUUGGCACAUCUCAGCAUCAAAAUAUCCAAGAUGAAUCAGCAAAGGAGCUGCUGACACAGAAAAAUGCAGAUGAUGACAUAGACAACAGAGAGGAGACUCUAUGUUAUGAUUCAGUUUCUGAUACUCAUUUAGAUUAA